AUGGCUUUGAUCUCCGCUUGGCCCCUCGUUUCUCCUAUAUUAUUCUUUUUGAGAUGCUUCUCCUCCAGCACAGCCUCGAGUGAGGGAGGCGUUUUUCAGAUUGACAUUGAAGGUAGCUCAGCGGUCAGCGCGCAAGAAGCCACUGUUAUCAGAGGGCAGCAGCAGGCAGUAGCUACUGGAAGUUGGGUGCCUUUUGCUGAGGGAUGCCAAGAAGGAUUUUACCGUACUAGCUCAGGAAAAUGCUCUCCUUGCAACUGUAAUGGUAAUGCAAACAGAUGCCUUGAUGGAUCUGGAAUCUGUGUGGACUGCCAGAGAAACACAACAGGACAGCACUGCGAGCAGUGUCCAGACGGCUUCAUUGGUGAUGUUGUCAGAGGAGUGCCCACGUUCUGCCAGCCCUGCCCUUGCCCCCUGCCAGCACUUGCCAACUUUGCAGUCUCCUGUUAUAGAAAAAGUGGAAGUGUGCGCUGUGUCUGUAAGGAAAACUAUGCAGGACCCAACUGUGAAAGGUGUGCCCCCGGUUACUAUGGGAACCCUUUGCUAAUUGGAAGCACUUGUAAAAAAUGUGACUGCAGUGGCAACUCGGACCCAAACCUGAUUUUUGAAGACUGUGAUGAAGUGACCGGCCAGUGCCGCAACUGCCUGCACAACACCACCGGGUUCAAGUGCGAACGAUGUGCUCCGGGUUACUAUGGGGAUGCCAGAUUUGCUAAAAACUGUACAGAAUGUAACUGUGGAGGGAGAAUGUGUGACAGCCAGACUGGAGAAUGCCUUGCAGACAGUCCUGAAGCUUCUACUGACACAGACUGCCCAACCAUCAGCUGCGAUAAAUGUAUUUGGGAUUUGACAGAUGACAUCCGAUUAGCAGUUCUGGCUAUCGACGAAAGCAAAUCGACUUUACUGAGCAUUUCUACAGGUGUUGCAGCUCAAAAGCGCUUGAAUGACCUGAACCUCACUACCACCCAUCUUCAGGAGGCAAUGUCCAAAAAAAAGAACCAUGCUGUGCUUUGGACCAUCCAGGUUGAUGAUGCUGCAGAUGAAAUGAACGAUCUCCUGAGAGAGGCAGCAACACUUGAUGAACAGGGAAAUGAAGCAUCCAGCAAAGGCCUACUGGUACAGAAGGAAACCAUGGAGACCAACAACCGUGCUGCUCAGCUUGUGCAGCAGCUCAGUAAUAUGAGGGAUAACAUUCAAGAAAUCAGCAGCAAGAUGACAUACUAUGCAAUUCAACAAGAGCUGAGCCCGGAAGAAAUCACCCAGAAGCUGAGUGUGGCUGAGGAGAUGCUGAAGGAGAUCAAACGCCGUAAGCCUUUCACUAAUCAGAAGCAACUUGCAGAUGAGGAGGAAAAUGCAGCAGAGGAGUUGCUACAGCAAGUUGAAGAGUUUCACGAGAGGUACAAUGACACUAGAUCUUUAGUAUCUGAUGUGCUGGAGCAGCUCAGCGAACAGGAUGUGAAGCUGUCAGACCUGGAGGAGGCAUUACACCAGGCACUUGACUAUGUUAUACAAACGGAGGAUAUAAAUAAGGAAAACACAGGCAAUCUUCAAAAGCGUGAGAAACAACAUGAGAAAAUAAAAGAGCAACUAGAUGAAGUGAAUGGCAUUCUGCUAAGUGCCACAACUAUUUUGGCAGGACCGCAAAUGAUCAACUCUGAGUUAAGUGAGGUAAUAAAGAAUGUGUCAGGGUUCUACGCAGAAAUAGAUGGAGCGAAAAAGGAAUUGCAAGAAAAACUAGCCAAUCUGUCUCUGUUUGAUGAUGAUUUGGUAGAAAAGGCUAUGCAUCAUGCACACAACCUAAGAAGACUUGCUGACGAGCUGGACCGGAAUUUGUACGGCGUUGAUACAAAUGGUUUGGUACAAAGAGCAAUAAAUGCUUCAAAUGCAUAUGAAAACAUUGCCGGUUAUAUUGAAGAAGCUAAUAAAGCUGCAUUGCUGGCACUGAACACAACAAAUCGGGUCAGCGAUGCUGCAGUUGGAAUUGAUACUCAGAUUAUUUACCAUAAAGGUAAAAGUGAAGAACUUCUCAACCAAGCCGCAGAGCUACAACGGACAGCAGAUGACAGUAAUGAUUUAACCACUGCAGAUACAAGCCGGCAUGUUAAUGGCACUCUUGCUAGAACAAUUGCUCUGCGAAGCCAACUGAUGAGAGCCAUCACAAAAAUGCAAUCAACAGAGCUAGUGGAGGCCAGAGAGCGUUUGGAACAAGCUAAACUGAAGACUGCAGAGGCCGUAAGUGCUACUAUGACAGUAACACAGGCUACGACCCCCAUGGAUGAGAAUGUGAGGUUGUGGUCUCAAAACCUGCAAGACUUCCAGCAUGAUGCAGCCGCAUAUGACAGUGCUGUGAAUUCCGCUGGGGAUGCAGUCAAGAAACUUACAGAAGUCUUCCCUCAACUCCUGGACAAACUGCGCAGAGUAGAACAGAAGGCACCAGCAAACAAUAUUUCUUCCAGCAUUCAGCGGAUCAGAGAGUUAAUUGCUCAAACCAGGAGUGUAGCAAGCAAGGUCCAAGUUUCUAUGAUGUUUGGAGGCCAAUCAGCUGUUGAAGUCAAUCCGAAGAUCAACGUGGAAGAACUGAAAUCUUUCACUUCCAUGAGCUUGUACAUAAAGCUUCAGAAAGACAACCCACAACUGGCAGCAUCUCCAGACAGAUUUAUUUUGUACCUUGGGAACAAAAAUGCAAAAAAUUACAUUGGACUUGCAAUUAAAAAUGACAAUCUCGUGUACAUUUAUAAUCUGGGGGGUCAAGACGUGGAGAUACCUCUGGAUGCCAAGCCAGUCAGCACCUGGCCAUCUUACUUCAGCAUCAUCAAAAUUGAGAGGAUUGGAAGACAUGGCAAAAUGUUUUUAACUGUGCCUGGUCUUAGCAGCACAGCUGAAGAAAAAUUCAUCAAAAAGGGAGAGGUUCCUGGUUCUGACUCUCUCCUGAAUUUGGAACCUGAAAAUGCUGUUUUCUAUGUCGGCGGAGUGCCUCCAGACUUCAAGCUGCCUUCGAGCUUAAACCUGCCUGGCUUCAUCGGCUGCCUGGAACUGGCUACCCUGAACGAUGAUGUGAUCAGCCUAUACAACUUCAAGCACGUCUAUAACAUCGACACCACCACAUCGCCACCUUGUGCCAGAAAUAAGUUGGCUUUCACUCAGAGCCGGGCUGUGAGCUAUUUCUUUGAUGGCUCUGGCUAUGCCUUGGCAAGAAACAUUGAGAGAAGGGGAAGGUUCAGCCAGGUGACUCGGUUUGACAUAGAAGUUCGAACGCCUACAGACAACGGAUUGAUCCUGCUGAUGAUUAAUGGGAGUAUGUUCUUCAGUCUAGAGAUGCACAAUGGUUUCUUGUACCUCCGCUAUGACUUCGGCUUCAGCACUGGCCCUGUGCUGCUAGAGGACUCCAUGAAGAAGGCUCAGAUUAACGACGCUAAAUUUCAUGAGAUUUCUAUUAUAUAUCACAAUUCUAAGAAGAUGAUCUUGGUAGUAGACAGGCGACAUAUAAAAAGUGUGGACAAUGAACGAACAGCAAUGCCGUUCACAGACAUCUACAUUGGAGGAGCGCCUACUGAGAUUUUGCACUCCAGUGGGAAUCUGCCGGACCAGGGUCACGCUCUGCGAGAGCAGACUGGCUGCUUGAAGGAGGCUAUGCUCUUCUGA